UAGCAGUGGCUGAUGUUAAAGGAUUGAGAGUUGAAGAUUUUGAGAGUGAAGAGUAUCUUGUACCAGUAGUACCUGAUGAUCCAUUACUGCAAAUAGACUGGGAGGAGGAGGAAGAGGAGGGAAAGAUUGAAGAAUGGGGAGACACAAGUCUUAAAGAAAGACUGGAGCUCACGGAGAAGCAGCUCCUACUUACCAGAACUGCAUUAGACAAUGCUCUUAAAGACCUCAACCAGAUGAAAGAAACAAUGAGAGAAUUAACAACCAGUGACACUGAUCCUGAUGCUACCAUGGAGACUGCUGUGGAGGAGAAAGACAGUUACUUUAGCAACUAUGGACAUCAUGGCAUUCAUGAAGAGAUGCUCAAAGAUGAAGUUAGAAUGGAUUCUUAUGAAUUAUUCAUUACUAAAAACACUGAGAUUUUCAAAGAUAAAGUUGUUCUUGAUAUUGGUUGUGGUACUGGUAUUCUCUCCCUCUUUGCAGUUAAAGCUGGUGCUAGUCACGUAUUCGCAAUAGACCAAUCACCAAUCAUACACAAAGCAGUAGAAAUAGCGAGAGAGAAUGGGGUUGACGAUAAAAUCACAUUUAUAAGAGGAGAAGUGGAGACUGUUAGGUUACCAGUUGAUAGUGUUGAUGUGUUGAUAUCAGAAUGGAUGGGGUACUUCCUUUUAUUUGAGUCCAUGCUUGAUACUGUCCUGUAUGCUAGGGACAAGUGGUUGAUUGAUAAGAAAAAUGUUUAUCCUAACAGGUGUAAUAUGAGUUUAGUUGCCAUGGGAGAUGGAUAUGAAUAUAACUCAAAGAUCAAAUUCUGGGAGAAUGUUAGAGGUUUUAAAAUGUCUUGUAUGAAAGAUGAAGUUUUACUUGAGCCAACAGUCAAACUGGUUGAUGAAUAUUGUCUCAUUUCAACAUCAGAUGUCAUUAAGAAAUUUGAUAUAACGACAGUCAAAGUGAGUGAUCUUGAUUUCAAAUCAAGUUUCACGCUUACCAUAAAGCAAAAUGACACCUGCUAUGGUCUUGUUGGAUACUUUGACAUUGGGUUUGAGGUUCCCUCUUAUCGUGUGUACUUUAGUACU